AAGGCCCACCCUCCUGAGCUGAAGAAAUUUAUGGACAAGAAGUUAUCAUUAAAGUUAUAUGGUGGCAGCCAUGUACAUGGAAUAACACAGGGCUUUGAUCCUUUUAUGAAUCUUGUGAUUGAUGAGUGUGUGGAGAUGGCAACUCGUGGGCAACAGAAUAACAUCGGAAUGGUGGUCAUAUUAGGAGACAGCGGCAUCAUGUUAGAAGCCUUGGAACAGUCUAAACGCUAUCUGUUCAGAAAAGGCAUCCACAUCCCUCCUUAA